UGUCAUUUCUCAACACAGAUCACCAACCUAGAGAUGACAGGAGAUGAUUCAGAAACACAAUCCAAGAAGAGGAGUCGAUCGGACGACGACAACUCCUCUUCGGACGACGACAUGGGACCACAGCUCCCCUCUACUGAUGCACCCAAGAAGAAGCGUCGCAAGCUUCCCUACGAAAAGCUCUAUAUUUCAGCCCUUCCAACUUCGGCGCGCUACUCGAAAUCCUUGAUGCAUAAAGAGCAGCUGGCUUUCGUGACCAUGACACCCCUGACCGACUUCCUAAUUACCAGCUCCGUGGACGGCGUUGUCAAGUUCUGGAAGAAAGGUGCGGAAGGAAUUGAAUUCGUUAAGGAGUUUAGGGCGCAUAAUGGGGAGAUCAAGAGUGUGUCUGUGAGCGCGGACGGGAGGAGCUUUGCCACAGCUGGAGCGGACAAGAGCAUCAAGAUUUUCGAUGUUAUGACUUUUGAUCUGCUGUCUAUGUUGACUGUGGAGUUCACUCCAAAAUGCGUGUGUUGGAUACACAAGCGUGGGGCUUCCCUACCUUUGCUUGCGGUCUCGGACGAAGUCAACCAUACGAUUAGGAUAUAUGAUGGGAGAGGAGAGAACCAGGAGCCAAUACAUACGAUUUCAGGGCUUCAUAGAAGCGUGGUAUCGUUAAUGGCUUUCAAUGAUGCAUACGACUGUGUCAUUUCAGCGGACGAGAAUGGGAUGAUCGAGUAUUGGCGCCCAGGAAGCUACGAGAAACCGAACAACGUCUUCGAAUACAAGAGCUCUACGGAUCUCUUCGAGUUCAAGAAGGCGAAAUCGACCCCCGCCUCGCUGACGAUUUCUCCUUCGGGAUCACAAUUUGCGACAUUUUCCUUCCCGGACCGGAAAAUACGGGUGUUUAAUUUCCCAACAGGAAAACUCUACAGGACUUACGACGAGUCACUACAGACGAUAGAAGAGAUGCAGCAAGCUGGUACAGCUCUUCAAAAACUCGAAGACCUUGAGUUUGGACGUCGGCUUGGAGUAGAGCGAGAGCUUGACAAUCCAGCCUUCCGAAAUAAGGUCAAUGUCAUCUUCGAUGAAACUGGACAUUUCAUCAUUUAUGGAUCGAUGCUGGGAACCAAGGUGUUGAACACCUACACGAACCGGGUGGUCAAGGUGUAUGGAAAGGAUGAGAAUUUCAGACCUCUCAGCAUUGCUAUGUACCAAGGACAACCGCAAAAGAAAGGGAUCACGACUGUUGCUAUGGCAGCCUCGAAUAACCCACUUCUUCAAGAAUCGGAAGCACGAGAUCCAAUUCUCUUUACGACUGGAGUUGGUAAAGUACGGUUUUAUAUGUUUACCAAUGAUGAGAACAUCUCGAAAUCCGAGCGAGAUGUCCAGAAUGAGAAGCCCACGAAUCCUCAUGCGAAAAAGGCUGUUGAGGCCAAAGCAGCUGAGACUGGAACAGCUGCCAUUAUCCACACUACUUAUGGGGAUAUCCACAUCCGUCUUUUCCCAGACGCUGCUCCGAAAGCUGUGGAAAACUUCGUUGUGCAUUCAAAACAGGGGUACUACAACAACACCAUUUUCCACAGAGUUAUCCGAAAAUUCAUGAUUCAAUGUGGAGACCCACUUGGAGACGGGACAGGCGGAGAGAGUAUCUGGGGAAAGGAAUUCGAGGAUGAAUUCAGUACCCUCAAGCAUGACAAGCCAUACACAGUUAGCAUGGCCAAUGCAGGCCCCAACACGAAUGGAAGCCAGUUCUUUAUAACGACAGAUAAGACAGCUUGGCUUGACAAUAAACACACGAUUUUCGGAAGAGCUAUUCAGGGGUUGGAUAUAAUCCACAAAAUUGAGAAUGCGAAGGUGUACAAGGAGAAGCUAGAGGAGGAUAUCAAGAUUCUCAAUAUAGAGAUCAUGUAAUGUAAACAUUCAAAAACACAAUUUAUGAAUGAUGCCUCUUUUCAUUCGGG